GAAGCUCUCUGCUCCACUUACGGUAACCACGCUCUCCCUCCUCAACCUAACCCAUCUUCUCCACCCGCAGACUUUCCCUCCCUGGAGCUGAAGAGAAGACCUGCUGCAGGCAUAGGGGUUCAGGGUUGUGCAAAAAGAAGGAUCAGAUGAUCUUCGUGAAGAAACAUGGUAACAGAAGUUCUCUGAAGUGAACCAGAUGGCAAGUCGGGGACUCCUCUGAAGACCCAACUCUCCUUUUUUGUGAAUGAAUCAUCCUGAGUGCCAUGAGGCGCAUGAUUACAUUCAGAGGAAUGUCGAUCUUGAUCUUAAAGAUUUCGAAUGAAAUGCAGAUAUGAUAAAAGAAUAAUACAAUCUGGACCUGAAUCAAGCGCGGACACCUCCCUACUAGCAGGCACAGGGAGCUGUGAUGAUUUUCUGGGGAACGAGCAGGAGUGCAGCUCCUCGCCUGUGAUGAUGAUGGAUUUACCCAGCCAACACUUGCCUGUGGAGGUCAGCUGAAGACGACGCCACGCAGCUAAGUCUGGAUUAGCCGGCCGAACGAGUUUCAAUGCUCCUUGACGUUCUAAGAUGAAGUUAUGGAAAGGUGUUACUUUUGCCUUUGUGCUCUGUGGCGCAGCCCUGUCCAUCGUCUUCGUUAGAAACAUGGCCACUAUCGGACAGUUCAGACCUAAAUCGAAAUACCCGUACACGUCUCCAUCCUCAUCAAGACUGUCCUCAUUCUCACAAUCAACUUUCAAGACCUCACCGCAAUCACCCUCCUCCUCCUCCUCCUCCUCCUCAUCAGCAGAAUCGGCAGUGAAGUCCCGGCAGAUGGGUGGGCCUCAACGGAGACCCCGCUCCGCAGACGAGAUGAACUCGGUCCUCUCAGAGUUUUCUGCGAUGUUCCAGAGCUUCACGGAGGGCGAACUUCGGCAUGUGGUCGGCGCCUUGCUGGACAGGAAGAGGAGGAAGAGCCGGCUCCUGGGAGAGAACCAGGCCCGAAGGACUAAAAGAGCGCGGAGGCCCAAGCCCUGCUCUUUGAGGGAGCUGGAGCUGACCGUAAGUGAACUGGGUCUCGGCUAUGACAGCGACGAGACGUUGCUGCUGCGCUACUGCAGCGGGAAAUGCCUGGAACACCGGCAGAACUACGACCUUACCAUGGAUCACAUGGUGCGGACAGGCUUCAAAAAGAAGGGCCGCAAGGACAAGGUCAGCAACGGGCCCUGCUGCCGGCCCAUCGCUUAUGAAAAACAGUUUUCCUUCCAGGACAACAAGCACCUCCAUCACACAGUACGAAAUAUGUCGGCAAAGAACUGUGGGUGUGUAUGACCCCGAGAAAUGGACCUCUUCAUGCUGCUCUCAGACACUGUUGGGAGAGUUGAACAUGAAUGCUGUUUAAAGACAAACUAUGGAAUCAAAUCUCAAGGAAAAGAGGAAAGGAAGGGAACAGGUUCAUGGCUGUUCCAUGGCGGCCUUUUUCUAACAGGGAGACUUUUGACGUCUGUCAAAACAAAUUGGAUCCAAAUCACGUGGACAGCAAGUGCUGUGAUUUUGUGGAUUCCAUGUAAAGAGACAGAAAAUGACUGUUCAUACCAAAAAACGUUUUUAUUAUAUUUUCUAUCUGUCUAGUAACACUGUAAACUGUGGUACAACAGCGAUGUAGCAAUGUUGUAUGUUUGUGAUCUUACAUUUUACUAGUUGGCUAGCACAUGCGAUAGAUGAGCUGUGGGUCAUGGAGGACUAGAUUGCUGCGGCUCCUACACUCCAUAUUAAUGGGCAUUCAGUUUAGUAAGUCCAAAUGCAGACACUAAACCACCUUUAAGGCAAAAAAAAAGCUCAAGAAUUAACUUCAAAUCCAUAAAUAAAAGUUUGGACCAUUGACCUCAAGUGUUGUUUAGUGAUCAGCUGUCUACAGGAAGCAUAUCUACCUAAAGGAGUGUUGACUUGUUAUCAGCGAUCAUGACUUUGUGCCCUGUUUCCCUGCUUGCAAGCAAUCAUCUUACUGAUUGCAGUGUUAUUAUACAAGGAAAAGAACAAGCAUUAUUGAUAAGGAAUUUGACGAGUGAAGAAAAUCAUUUUCCAUAGCUCCAGGUUUGCCCCCACAUUUAAUGAUUGUGUUUGUUGAUGUUGUGUAGAUUAUCAAUGAGCGCCUGUUUUAAAACACACUCACUUUAGUGAAAAUAGAUCCCAUCUGCUCUCCAUUGAAAAUCUCAUCACACUCAUGUUUGAGUCCUUUUUUAUACUUUUCCCAAAUAGCCCAUUAUUGUAAUUACCCAUAAUUCUCUGGAAUUAUUUUCCUCAAAGAAUUGCCAAAACACACCAAGUAAAUUCAACACGCAAGAUGUUUUCUCAAACUUAGAUUUGUUAACAUCUCAUGUCUCCAGUUCCAGGUGAUAUAACCUUUUUAAUAUCGUCUCUGGGUGUAAUUUAUGAACGUUUACACUUUCAGCUGAACUGAGGCACAGGUGUGAAACAAGAACAAUGGUUUUAGUGAUCAGAAGUGGCAGGUUUUUCUUCUGGCUGACAGAAAACUAUGACGUAGAAUCAGGAUCUGGAAAUGUGUUUGCGCCCAUCCAAUAAACCCUGUAACUUCCUAUGAAGCCCACAGUACAGCCUUCUAUUGGCCCAAUUAAAUGCCUCCUUGUUGUAACGCCUGGUAGAACUUUAGGGUAAAAUAAGCUAUUGUAAUUACUUAUGAAGCAUCUUUUUCACCUUCGACAAUCUUUAUUUUGUUUUGAACCCAUUGCAACUGUUUGCCUGAAGUACGAUAAAUUAUGUUUUUGUUUUGUUUUUCCUGAGGAGCUGCAGAGUGGGGCGCGGAUGCGGUGCAUCUUAUAUUGUAGUUUAUAUUGUAUUUAUUUGGGAAGUAAAUUAUGGUUUUGCAUAUUUAUUUAGAUUACCACACAGAAACGGGACAGCUUAUGAUCAUUAAGCAACUGUGCCAAAAAAUGUUUUAUCUAACAUUCUAUAUUGACUGCUGAAUAAACAUAAUUUCAGAGG